CACUCGAUUUGACCUUUGGAAUAGAAGAUAUUUGAUAUUUGUGUGAGAUUGAGAUUAGAGUGAGAGAUUGCCAGAGGGAAUGAGAGAACCGACGCAGGAACAUCACCACAUCAGAAGAUAAACCUGUUUCAGCCACAAAGCUUCAGGAUGAAAUUUGAGGAUCUCUUGGAGGAACUCGAAGGCUUUGGAAGGUUCCAGAAGAUGAUUGUGUUCCUCAGUUUUAUUGGUCGAUUCACACUCCCUUGUCACUUCCUGCUGAACAACUACAUUGGUGCUAUCCCUCCUCACUACUGCAACCUCGGCUCUCUGGAUGGGAAUCUAACAGAAGAGCAGAGACUGACCAUCAGCAUUCCCAGACAGGAAGACGGGACCUUCACUUCCUGCCACAUGUUCUCAGAACCACAGCUCCAUCUACUAGAUGAUGAGUUGAACUUCACAGAUGUUCCAGUUGUUGAAUGUCAGAAUGGAUGGACUUAUGAUAACAGCACCUUCGUCAGCACUUUAGCUACAGAGUGGGAUCUGGUGUGUGAGAACAGAGGGAUGAAUAAAGUGAUGGCCACCAUCUUCUUCGUUGGAGUGAUGAUAGGAGCAGCCAUAUUUGGCAGUUUGAGUGACAGAUAUGGCCGUAAGACCAUGCUGCUGGUGUCGUACGUGCUGGCUUUGUGCUUUGCGAUGGCGAGUGUGUUCUCCUCCUCCAUCAUUAUGUUUGCAGUGCUGCGGUUCUUCACAGGCAUGAGCAUCACCGGCAUCGUCAUCGUCACCAGCGUCCUCAAUGUGGAGUGGGUGAGUAUAGAGAGCAGGAAGUUGGUGGGUGUGAUUGACAGUUUGAGCUGGACUUUCGGUUACAUGGUGCUUCCUGUCAUGGCGUACGGAGUGAGAGACUGGAGAUGGUUGACCGUGACGGUCACUUUACCGCUCGCUGUGGCCUUAAUUAGCUGGAGGUGGGUUCCUGAGUCGGCUCGCUGGCUAAUCGCUAAUGGUAACAUAGAGAAAGCUCAGUGUUACUUACAGACAUGUGCCGUGAUGAACAGGAGGACGAGAGCAAUCUCCAUCCUGAAACCAGAGGUUCUCUCCUCUAUAGUGUCUGAGGGAGGAAACAGGACAUACUCCUAUCUGGACCUGAUGAGGACACCAAAGAUGAGGAGACUGGCUCUGCUGACCGGACUUACCUGGUACGGUGUGGCUUCCACUUACUAUGGGAUCAGCUUUAACAUCAAAGGAUUUGGUAUGGAUCUCUACUUGAACCAGUUCCUCUAUGGUACUGUGGAGAUUCCUGCUAAAGUUGUUGUCUAUGUGCUGCUGGACCGGAUCGGGCGGCGGCGCACUGAGGUGGGCGGUCUCCUGUUGUCCGGCUGCGCGCUCAUCAGUAAUGUCUUUAUACCAAAAGAUCAGUGGAUUGUGCGCUCAGUGAUUGGAGUUCUGGGUAAAGGUUUCGCCUCCAUUGCUUUCUCAACACUCGUCCUAUACAGCUCUGAACUUUACCCCACUGUUAUCAGACAGAAUGGGAUGGGCUAUAACUCCUUCAUGGGGCGACUGGGCGUGGCUUUAGCUCCUCUGAUUCUCCUACUGGACGAUGUGUGGACUCACCUGUCGCAGGUGAUUCUGUGUGUCAUUGCGCUGAUUACAGGUGCGGUGGCCAGUCAGUUACCUGAGACGAUGGACAGGUGUCUCCCUGAGACUAUAGAGGACAUCGAGGGGACAAGUCAUGUGGUAGUUCCAGUCCAGGAGAAAGGAGUACAAGAACAAGAAAAUGGAUGCUAGGAAGAAAUUUUAUUUCUGCCCUUUAUCUAUGUAUUAGGAAGUUUUAUUCACUAAGUUCAUCAUUCAACAUGAAAUAUUCAGAAAUGUGUUCUUUUACUAAUUAAUGAUGGAAAGAAAAAAUUGAAAGAUAAUUAAAUUCA